GGACUGAAAACUUCGGUGGAAACUAGACCAUUGUAGUUCUACGGAUUUGACGUUUAUGUGCGCAUUCUGGAUUAAAUAAUAAUAUGUAAUAAAUAUAUUAACAGGCUGAAAAAAUAUUGAAAUAGUUUUUGAUCAAAAACUUUGUACAUAAAGAAUAAUCAUGGAAUGGCUAUUUGGCAAGCGUAUAACUCCUGAGGAAAUGCUCAGAAAAAAUCAAAGAGCAUUGAAUAAGGCAAUGCGAGAUUUAGAUAGAGAAAAAGUACGAAUGGAACAACAAGAAAAGAAAAUUAUAGCUGAUAUAAAGAAACUUGCAAAGGAUGGACAAAUGGAUGCUGUAAAAAUUAUGGCCAAAGAUCUAGUUAGGACAAGACGUUAUGUAAAAAAAUUUAUGCUGAUGAAAGCAAAUAUUCAAGCAGUAUCUUUGAAAAUACAAACCUUACGUUCUCAAAAUACAAUGGCACAAGCUAUGAAAGGCGUGACUAAAGCUAUGCAAAACAUGAAUAAACAAUUAAACUUACCACAAAUACAAAAAAUAUUACAAGAAUUUGAAAAACAGUCAGAGAUAAUGGAUAUGAAAGAAGAAAUAAUGAAUGAUGCAAUAGAUGAUGCAAUGGAAGAUGAAGGCGAUGAAGAGGAAAGUGAUGCCAUAGUUGCUCAGGUAUUGGACGAAUUAGGUCUGCAAUUGACGGAUCAACUUUCUGGAUUACCACAAGCAUCUGGAUCACUAAGUGUAGCUGGUUCCAAGCAGCCAGUUGCUGCUGCAGCAGGUAAUGAGGAAGGAGGCAAUCUUGCGGAUGCUGAUGCGGAUUUACAAGCUCGACUCGAGAAUUUACGACGUGAAUAAAUCGAGAUUCAAAAUGUUAUAAUUUAAUAAUGUACAAAAAAUGUAAAAAGAAUUUGCUUUAUACUGGACAUUAGAUUUAAAGAAAUAGCA